AUGGAGUUUGGAGAUGAUUAUUGGGUGGAUCUUGUGGACUUGAGUCCUUCUACUCGAGAAACUUUUCCGGAGAUUUUUGUCGAGACGAAUUUCGAGUCUGAUGACUAUUUUGAGGAGUUUUGGGGACCUGAGGAGGCAUUGGUUUUAAAGAGAUCUGAUUUUUUCGAGGAGGAGAAGAGGAAAUGUGUCAAGUUCAGAAAGAAGGAAGCUUUCAAGAAGGUGGAAGAAGUGAAAUGGGAAGGGGGAGGUGUUGGGAAGGUCCAGAAUUUUGAUUUUAGGGCGUGUCAGAGGAUUUUGGGAGCUGAACCAGUGGAAAUUGAGUUCCAUAAUUUCCAGCUGGGGAGAGAGUAUAAAAAAAUCAUCCUGAUCCGAAACGUCAGUGACGUGACGAUAGCUAAAUACCAAUUAGCGAGAAGAUUCGACGCCUCGAAAUUGAGAUUAAUCUGGAGAACGAGAAGUGGAGACAGGGUGGAUCUCGCACCGGGGAUGAGUACCACUUUGACUCUUGUUUUCAAAGCGAUGAGUCCUGAGGAUUAUAGUGAGAAGAUAGUGAUUAAUGUUGAAGGGGGAUUACCAGUAGUCAUCGACGUUCUGGCGCACAGAGACCCACCAGUUUUUAUAGGUGAAAAUUACCCGAGGGACAGCUCAUCUUCUCCGACCCUCAUCAACGCCAAAGACGAUCUCAUUCUCAACCAGUCGAACUUCCCCCGGAGCCCAAAGAGGGGAUCAUUGACCUGUCUAACGAGCGAUGGAGAAUUAGAAUGCAAUGAAUGCCUUGUUGGUGACGAGAAGACAAUUGAAGUUAAACUGACGAAUCUCGGAAGUUCAGGCAGAUUUUUCCUCGUGUCCGAGGCCAACUGGCACUCGAAGAAUAUCACAGACCUCACCGACACUUCAAAGCUCAUAACAACCAGCUUCACACUCUGGCCAGCGUAUUUCUACGUACGUCAGAACCAGUCCAUGAUCCUGAGGAUCUUCUUCACCCCCAACGUCGACGGUCUCCACGUGGAGAAAGUGUUUGUCGUCUGCGACAACUACUCCCUCCAAUCCUUCGAACUCCUGGGGGACGGAGUCAUGUUCCGCUGGGACUUCAUUCAUUUCGGCCCUAAUUUAAGAAGACAAUCGUUUUGUCUGGUGGAAUUAGAAGACAACAGAUUCUGCAAUUUCUUCAUAACAGAACUCGAUCCCGAGAUCCUCUCUGUUCUAGUUACAGUCACCAAUUUGUCCCAGUUUGAUAUCAAUUUCCGAUGGGAUGUGAUCAAUGAGAUCUGUCUGGGGGUUUCACCACCGAGAGGUGUUUUCCCGGGACAUACCGCCCUCACAUUCAACAUAUUCUCGACGAAUUAUGGCUUGUGCUCCGAGUUUGUGGAGAGCAAUUUACAACUGAUCCUCGAGGAUUUACCCCCUCAGGCGAUUCCUGGGGAGUAUAAGGAGUUUAUCGAGGAAUGCAGGGGGGAAAGAAGGAGAUGUGAGGAUUCUGUGGACAUAUGUGUGGCGAACGUGGGGGUACGGCUGCCCUCGAGGGAUUCCAGCAUCUCUGAGGAUACUUUUUCCUCGGAGGGGAGCCAUCGAGAAGAGAAUAUGUCGAUUGAAAUCAGAUUGAAGGGGCCUCGGGAGGAAAAAAACCUAUUGAAAUACGGGGAAGACUUGGCGGCAUGA